AUGAUGUCUUUUGAUAACUCAUCAAGUCUAAUCUUGGAGGGUUUUAUUGUUCCACAAGAAGCAAGAGUACCUCUGUUUAUCUUAACACUUACUGCAUACAUAAUCAUUGUAAUUGCUAAUUCCACCUUAUUAUUUGUGAUUGUUUUCCACAGGAGCUUGCAUGAGCCAAUGUACUUGAUGCUAUGUAACAUGGUUGUUUGUGAUUUAAUUGGAAGUACAGCAUUAAUGCCUAGACUAAUGUCUGACUUCUUGACUGACACAAGAAUUAUCUCAUUUGAAGCUUGUGUUAUUCAAGCAUUUUGCAUCCAUUCAUAUGCUACUUCUGCUCACCUUAUCCUAACAUCAAUGGCAUUAGACAGGUAUAUUGCCAUAUGCGAUCCAUUAAGAUACAAUAUUAUUAUGAACACCAAAACCCUUGUAAAAAUGUGUGCAUUUUCUUGGGGAUGUGCUUUUGUUUUAGUUGUUAUUCUCUUAACACUUACUGUUAGACUAACAAGAUGUCGAUCACUAAUAGUGCAUGCAUAUUGCUUUAAUGGAUCUUUAUUUGUUUUGUCAUGUUCUGAUACAACUGUGAACAACAUCUAUGGACUCUUCAUUACUUAUUUUGUUACCACUUCAUCAUUUUUAGUAAUUGCAUGGACAUAUGUCAAAAUAUUAAUUGCAUGCUUAUUCAAAUCACAAAGUAACUGCAAAAGAAAAGCCAUCCAUACAUGUGCUACACAUCUGACAGUUUAUUUUGUAUUUGAAACAACUGUGUUGUUUUCAAUUAUAGCUUUGAGAUUUCCAAACAUCACCCCCAAUGCAACAAAAGCAAUAGGCACAUUAAUGAUAACUAUACCACCUUUUCUUAACCCAAUAAUUUAUGGUAUUCAUACAAAACAAAUUCGCAAUAACUUCAUCAAAUUUUUUCAAACAAAAAUAGUUCCCACUAAACAAAUGCAAUAA